UUGCUUUGAGUACUUUGAAGCUGAGAGGAACUAGACACGGUCUGGGCUGUUUGUUUGCACUUUGCCGUGCUUUCUGUUGACUUCACGUCGUUGUGAGCCCAGCAUUUCUCUCUGUCAUGGCGCAAGACAAUCUGUCCCUGGUGCUGCACGCUAAAGGAGACCUGCGGCUGGAAAAUCGCCCUAUCCCGGAACCAGGACCUAAUGAGGUUUUGCUGCAGAUGCACUCUGUGGGAAUCUGUGGCUCGGAUGUGCACUAUUGGCAGAAUGGCCGGAUAGGGGACUUUGUGCUCAAAAAACCCAUGGUGCUGGGGCACGAGGCCUCAGGGAGAGUGGCGAAGGUUGGCUCAGAGGUCAAGCACCUUAAAGUGGGUGACAGAGUGGCUAUUGAGCCUGGUGUGCCCCGUGAGAUGGACGAGUUCUUCAAAACUGGACGCUAUAAUUUAUCUCCCACUAUCUUCUUCUGUGCCACACCCCCUGACGAUGGAAACCUCUGUCGCUAUUACACGCACAGUGCCAACUUCUGUUACAAGUUGCCUGAUAAUGUCACAUUUGAGGAGGGAGCACUCAUUGAGCCUUUGUCUGUGGGAAUCCAUGCCUGCCGAAGGGCUGGAGUGACCCUUGGUAGCACUGUGUUCGUCUGUGGUGCAGGACCCAUCGGGUUGGUCUGUCUGCUUGCAGCCAAGGCAAUGGGGGCCUCGCAGGUCGUCAUAUCUGAUCUGUCUGAGGAGCGUCUGUUGAUGGCUAAAGACCUGGGUGCAGACUUCCUGCUGACUGUGAAGAGAGGAGAUGGAGCCCAGCAGCUGGCAAAGAGUGUAGAGGAAAUGUUGGGGGCGCAGCCUCACAUUACCAUUGAAUGCACCGGUGUUGAGAGCUGCAUCCAAACUGCCAUCUAUGCAACCCGUUCUGGAGGUGUCGUGGUGCUGGUGGGUCUUGGCUCAGAGCUGGCUACAGUUCCUCUGAUCAAUGCCGCUGUAAGAGAAGUAGACAUCAGAGGAGUUUUCCGCUACUGCAAUACCUGGCCAAUGGCGAUUGCCAUGUUGGCGUCAGGUAAAGUGAAUGUCAAGCCCCUUGUGACCCAUCGUUUCCCUCUGGAGCAGGCAGUCCAAGCCUUUGAGACCACACGUCAGGGUCUUGGAAUAAAGGUUAUGUUAAAGUGUGACAAAAAUGACCAAAACCCCUGAACGGAUCAACUGACAGCGGCUCUGCAUGACUAUCACAAAUUGGACAUUGACCUGAACAAAGAUAACAGAGCUAGUUCAAAACAAUCCCUCAACUUGACCACACUGUGAAAGAAGUGACUGCUGCACUGCUUGCAGGGCACACAUGUAAUUAGAAUUAUUAAAGGAUUUCAUAGUGCCUAAUGAUUCUAAUACUAAAACAUAAUACUUGUAUGACUGUAUGUAAUGUGCAAUUUUCUGGUAUCUGUAAGUU